AUGGGCGGUCGUGUGUUCAAUGAGUUGUGCAGACUAAUCGCCAAGUUCAAUAGUUGCGUCCGUGACUACCGUAGUGCUUGUCCCCGACACGUGACAAUUUCUCUCAUCGAUUCUUCUUACGGCUACUUGUGUAACGAGGGAUACAACACAUUUAUGGAGUCUGCGGAAUGUCUUAUGGAGCUGGACAGGAAACCGAGUGUUAAGCGGUGCCACGAUGAGACAUUGAAGGAAAUUGAGUCUGCGAACACGGAAUCUGGAGUGUCGAUGCCGGCGAAGGUGGAUAGGAUGUGUGGCGCUCUCAACUUCUUCUCCGGAUGUGUCCGCUCCCCGAUCAAACAGGAUUGUGGGUUUUCCGCGUGGCAGGUGAUCUACCGUGUCCUCAAAGACACUACGAACACCCUGAUGCCAGCUUGUCAAUUUACUGGAACCUCCCAGAAACUGAUAUCUUUCCAAAAAGAGAAUAACAUCACGUCACCAUCCCCAUCUACAGUAACCCAGACUACAGUACCAUCAACACGAACUACAAAGACUACAGUAACCACCGAACUGCAAACGACAACUGCAAAAUUUGCAGUCCGGGAUAUUGAAGAUGAGGAGGAGGAAGAAAUCGAUAAAGAAUUCCAGGAGAAACUGAAUCAGAAGAAGAAAAUGAGGAAGAUCCAAUCAGCAGAGCUCACCGAUUUCUCGUGUAGAUCAAAUUUCGGAUUUGCAAUUCUUACUGUAGUUCUUACUGUAGCGCGAUUUUUAAUAUAA